UGAAACGGUGCGUUUAAGAGGGUUCGACGGGCAUAGGAAUUCAAAUUCAUUCCGUUCGAAUUUUCGUCCAACGUCCCCAGAGUUCCCUCGCUUUACUGCGUUCUCACAGUGGCGAAUCGAUGAAAAAAUCUCUGAUGAAGGAAGAAAAUGGAACUCCAAAGCGGCAAUGGUCCUUGCAAGACUUCGAUGUAGGAAAGCCCCUUGGCAAAGGAAAAUUCGGCAGAGUCUAUCUAGCAAGAGAAGUCAAGAGCAAGUAUAUAGUGGCACUGAAGGUAAUUUUCAAGGAGCAGAUGGAAAAGUACAGGAUUCAUCAUCAGUUGAGGAGAGAAAUGGAGAUCCAAACCAGUCUUCGGCACCCCAACAUCCUGCGCCUCUAUGGAUGGUUUCAUGAUGCUGAACGGAUUUUCUUGAUAUUGGAGUACGCUCACCGCGGUGAGCUUUAUAGGGAGCUUAGGAAAAGUGGUCAUCUCAACGAGCAGCAAGCUGCCACUUACAUUUUAAGUCUCACACAAGCAUUGGCAUACUGCCAUGAGAAGCAUGUGAUUCACAGGGACAUUAAGCCAGAAAAUUUGCUGCUUGAUCAUGAGGGCCGGCUGAAAAUUGCAGAUUUUGGAUGGUCUGUACAGUCGAGAAGCAAGAGACAUACCAUGUGUGGAACUCUGGAUUAUUUAGCCCCAGAAAUGGUGGAGAAUAAAGCUCACGACUAUGCAGUAGAUAAUUGGACUUUGGGCAUUCUCUGCUAUGAGUUCCUUUAUGGAGUGCCUCCAUUUGAAGCUGAAAGUCAAAGUGACACGUUUAAAAGGAUAAUGAAGGUCGACUUGAAUUUUCCCUCGACCCCUCACGUUUCUUCCGAAGCAAAAGAUCUAAUUGGCCGGCUCUUGGUGAAGGAUUCCUCUAGAAGACUUUCACUUCAGAAGAUAGUGGAGCAUCCCUGGAUAAUCAUGAAUGCAGAUCCAUCUGGUAUUUGCCGUAGCAGCAGGUAGAACAUCACUUCACUUUUAACUAAUUUCUCUUGCUCAUGCCUCUUCAUCUAAAUGGGGUUUAGUGAAUAUCUGUGUGUAAUCUCUAUGUCAUGUAGCAUUCAUGAUUUAAUCAAAAUGUUGGGAGAAGUUGUUAGUGGCAUUCUCAUAGUGAUACAGGCUUCUCUAGUGCGAUUUCUAGUGGUUUCGAGUUCGAGAUAUGAUGAUCAGUCUUAGUCAAUCUCAAUUGGUCUCGUCUUGAUUAGAUCUUACCAAUAGAGUCGACCUCA